CGCCGCCAUGGCGGAGCGGAGCCGCGGCGCUCGGCGGCGGCUGCUGCUGCUGCUGCUCCUGGCCGGCUCCGCCGCCAGCCCGGCGGAGGAGGGCGGCGGGCGGCGGGAGGCGGGCGGCGGGGAGCACGGGGAGGAGGCGGCGCGGCACCACGACUCCUCGUACGGCACCUUCGCCAGCGAGUUCUACGACCUGCGCUACCUCUCCGAGGAGGGUUACCCUUUCCCUACUGCUCCUCCUGUGGACCCAUUUGCAAAAAUCAGAGUGGAUGACUGUGGAAAAACCAAGGGAUGCUUCAGGUAUGGUAAACCUGGAUGUAAUGCAGAAACUUGUGACUACUUCCUAAGCUACCGCAGAAUUGGAGCUGAUGUUGAAUUUGAGUUGAGUGCUGACACAGAUGGCUGGGUGGCAGUGGGAUUUUCCUCAGACAAGAAAAUGGGAGGAGAUGAUGUCAUGGCUUGCGUUCAUGAUGAUAACGGAAGAGUCCGAAUACAGCACUUCUAUAAUGUUGGUCAGUGGGCUAAAGAAAUCCAGAGAAAUCCUGCUCGAGAUGAGGAAGGGGUUUUUGAAAACAACCGUGUAACGUGUCGAUUCAAGCGUCCUGUGUAUGUUCCCCGAGAAGAAACCAUCGUAGAUUUGCACUUGAGUUGGUACUACCUGUUUGCUUGGGGUCCAGCAAUCCAGGGUUCUAUAACUCGUCACGAUAUAGACUCUCCACCCGUGUCAGAGCGCGUGGUCAGUAUUUACAAGUAUGAAGAUAUUUUCAUGCCUUCGGCUGCCUAUCAGACCUUCUCUUCUCCUUUCUGCUUGCUCCUCAUUGUUGCACUGACCUUCUAUUUAUUGAUGGGAACCCCAUGACCAAUGGAAAAUAGCAAGAAUUUGGCAGUGGAAGUUUCUCAGGAUGGACGGCUAUAUGGAUGGACAGUGCAUUUUUCUAUUGGAAUUUAUAUCACAUCACCAUCCUCAUCUAGCUGCUUUUGAACAUAGUUAGCUUCUCAGAAGAGUGAAAUAACCAUCUCCUUUGAGUGACAGAGUGGUGACAAAUCAUUUAAGAAUAAUCAGUGAACACAUAGGAGAAUAUUUUCAGUGUUGUGAUUUCUUGCUUAAAGAAAAUGAGACUUUUGUAAAAUCAAUGUGUGUGUGUGCGUAUGUGUGUUUGGGAGGGGUGCCUGUAUGUGUGUUUAGGUGAAUUUAGUGAUGGACAUCUUAUCAAAUAACAAAAUUGCCUUCCAAAUUGCUUCAAAAAAGCAAAUUUGGCAAAACACUGUAAUGCUGUUUGGUUCUUCUAGAGCAGGGAGCACAACUGCAAGUGCAGUUUCUGAUCUGCAGAUCUGGAUACCAACACAGCAGUAUAAAAGUAGUGGACAGUUCUCCCAAUUUCUUUUUUUUUUUUUGUAAUAUAUUUAUCAAAGUGUGCUUGCUGUGGUACUUUCCAAAACUAAACUUGCAUAUUCAAGCAUUAACAUGGGUUUUUUUCCAACAGAAAGAGAUGAUGAAUGUCUUUAUUGUGUUUCAGUAGCCUUUUGGAAAGAAAUGGCUACUUCUUUUAAGAGUGAGAUAUAAAGUAAUUUAAACAAGGGGAAGGGAGAAUACAGCAAUAUAAAUUCUCCAUACAUAGGAAAACCAGGUGUAAAGCAUGCAGAAUAUAAAAGUUCCCAACAAGCCAUAGGAUGUCCUCCUAAUAGAUUAAAUCAAUUUUUCUCUUUUUAUGAAAAAAACAGUAAUUUUGCUGACAUGUAAAUAUAUUUUUAAGUAAUUGUGCAGUAGUAUGAAGUAAUCUCUUUUUCUGUGUUGUAUGCCAUUAUAUCCUGUUCAUGUUAAAGGUGACUGUGGGCAGCUGGUGUUAUCUUACAAAGAAAUAUAAAUGAGAUUAUUUGUAAGGAAAGACAGGGAUUAAUAAGAACAGCAGUAUCUUUUGUUCAUCAAACCACUGCUAAAAUGUAGCUAUUGUGGAAAAAGAUGAGCUAAAAAGGAAACACGUUAGCUGUUUUUAUCACCAGUAAAUAGUAGAAGAGGAAUGCUAAAUAUUACAGAGAUGAAAAGUGUCAAAAUGUAUUUAUGAGCCACAGAAUAUUAUAAAAACUUUGAGUGGAGAAUUCUUCACUUUAGAGUGAAGAAUUCCCGUUCUUCACAUAAUAGGAAGCGUACGACACAUUUACAUGUAGCAGUCAAAUGUACUUAGGUAAGGUUACUCAUUCACUUUCCAACUUACACUAAAAUUCUACUUAAGUAGAAUUAAAAUCUAAAUAAUGCCAAAGUUUUAUCUAAUGUGGUGCGCUUGAGGACUCUCUAACAUAGAAUGUGGUAAGGUAUUUGUAAUGCAACUCCUUUCUAGUCUCAUUGCUGCAUGGAGUAUAAAAUAGUUAACUAGCUUGGCUGGGUUUGCAUCCUUAUUCACAGAAUGAUGUUUGUAAACUAAGUUUUUUUAGGCUCAGAAUUCUUCAAACCUAUGCUUAAGGUAUAUGAAUUAGAUUGAAGAUGAACUUACCUUCAUAGCAAACACUUUGUCCCUAUUUCAAAAGAAAGAUUGAUUAAUUUUUUAUAUUUUCAUUGAUGUCUUUAAGGAUUUGUUCACUUAAAAUUACUGGACUAGAGUUGGGGAGAGGGAAGAGAAAUUCAGAAAGAAGUGAACUUUAAAAGUGCAUACAGUAGCUUUAUUUAGUAUAGAUUACUUCUCUCGGGUUGGUUUACUCACUCAUCACCUGAUCACGUAGAGACCACCUAAUAAGGUCUGCUUUGGCCCACAACAGCUGCAUAAUUUAACUUUAAGAUUGGCUGGAGCAGAUAAGCAGAAGCCUGGAUAAUGAGCUUUACAUUCAGCAAACAGGUGAAGUGAAGAAAUCAUCUUCGUGCUAAUUUGUAGGCAGCUGGGAUACUGCAGCUCUUUCUCAGAGCCUGAGGGUUGCUUUAGUUUAUGGCUUGGUAUUUACUGUUUCAGCGAUUUGCCUGAUUACCCACUAAAGGGCUAAUUUAAUAAUUUAAAGGUACUGAGCUAGGAUAGAAACCCAGUUUGGCUCCUCUUUUCUUUAAUAGAGUUCUGGAUUUAGGAUAGCCUGGUUGGACCUGAGCACACAGGUAUGUUAUAGAUGACAAUAAUAAUACUAAGAUAAAAUUGUGUGACAGCUGUCAGUCUGCUUUCUACAUAUAUGAAGUUGGGUGUGUUUAAAAUACAGGAUUUAAAGCAAGAGCAAAGUACUUUACAUUAUAUUUUAUUCCUUUUUCAGAUUACUUGUCAGUGUGCUGUGUUUUUCUCAUCAUGUUUUUUCUCUUGUUGAAGUACUAGCAGGAAUGAGCAGUUCUAAAAAAAAUUUCACCUAAGCUUCACAGUACUUAAUUAGCCUAAUAAAGUGUCUAAUUAAAAGGGAGGAAAUAAAAGGCCACAGGAAGCAGAAAAACAAUCUAUUAUCUGGCAUUUAAGUGGAUGGUUGAGUUUAGCACUGAGUUUAUCUAAGAGUUCCUCUUCACAGUGGGAAAAUCAGGACUAUGGAAUUCAAGUUGACAAAGAAGGUAUGAGUUAUCUAGAAAUUACUAGUUGGGAUGAAAUCUGAGGAGAAGGUUAUAAGGGAAAUGUGGUAUGUAAGUUUGUAUGAUCCUUCGUAAGUCUUAACAUUUGAGUGGGCAUGCAUAGUAACUUGUCAUGGAGGGUAUUUUGGUUUUCAAAUGUUUUGUCUUUUUGGUUUCUUUUUAAUAUUGUAAAGUAGGAUUUAUCCCUGUUAUACAAAGUUACUAUAAAGUAGUAGUCUUCAAAGUAAUUUUUAAGUGAUUAUGGCAUUUCAAAUAUUUUCUGUUUUAUUUUUUUUUCUAACUGACUGGUACCAGCAGAAACUAGAAGAAAAGGCCUGCAUUGGAAAAGGAGGCAGAUAUUUCCCUCUCCAAAUAAUUUUUUGUUUCUCUAGUGUGAUUACGACCAAACAACUGUUAAAGAGCACAUUUCCUAAGUACUUUAAGAAUUGCUUGCUGCACAGUGACUUAAUACAGAGGCAAGGAGCUUAGAGAGGGCAUAUUUAGAGUAUGGUGGUGGUUGGAAAUGUGACUGUAAUUAUUAAUUAGAAAGAUGGGUUUUUUUGCGUAAUUCUUUUUUUUUUUCAUUGCUGGUUUCAAAUAACUGCGUAUUUUUAGGUAUAGGUGAGGUGCUAAUUGAUUUCCCCCAUCAGAAAAAAAAAAGCACCUACCUGAUUUGAUAAUGUCAUUGAACACAGGGUGAUGCUGUCUUCUUUUACCAUAAGGGAAAUAUUCUGGUUUUGAAAGAGAACAUAUUGAUGAGAAAAGUUUGAACUCCCUCUGUGGCCUUCUUGUCCAUCUUGACUGGUUUUGCAAUACUUGGGUAGCAAGAGAAUAAACACUUGUGGCCUCCCUAAUCUGAAGGAACCCCCAGUUUGGGUUAAAUAAUGUUAAAGCUGUGUUUGGCACUGACUUUCCCAAUCUUCAGUGCAGGGAUUAGAGAAUGAUUGAUGUGGUGUACAUCAGCAUGCCACUCAGGCAGUGGUCUUGAAGCUCACUUGGGGCACCAUAUCCUGGGUCUGGAACAAAAAAAGAGCCCUGCAACUGCCUCCAUGUACUACAUAUCUACUCAGUUAUUUCUCAGUUACUGCUAUAACUCACAUAACUGCUGUAAGUUUAAGGGAAGACACAGGUCUUUCUUUUUUUUGUUUGGUCUUCUCCUUACUUUCUCAUCUGUCAAAUGCAUCAGACAUUUACAUAAAAGAAUUUUUUUUUUGUUUUAGAGAGUAGACCUCUGUCAGUUCUUUCACGUUUUUUUCUGGGUCCAUAGGAAGUUUGCACCCUCUGGUACUCUAGAGGCAGAAUUAAAGUUUAUAUGCAAAUUAUGUAACUUUAACAGCAUGUAAAUGGCAUUUUGUGACUUUUUGGUUUCAUUGGUUUGCCACACUCUUGUGUAGCAGGUGUAUUUCCCCCCACUCUCCUCUUGUUCUAACAUCUCCAAAUAAUUUCCCAAAAGUAAAGUAUUUGUUAAUAGCUUUACAAGAAGGAAAUACGUAUUUCAGAGAAUUACAGAAGGUCUAAUAUCAGUUAUUUUCAGAGGUAACUGUUGUAAGUGUUAGUGUUUUAUACAAAAUAUGACUUUGCGUAGAGCCUUACAUUUAUGAUAAAAAUCAGAAAUACAUUUAAAUAUUACAGUGUUUCUGUGCUUCAUGGAGCUGUGGAUGUGCAUAGCUGACAUGAAUUGGUAUGAUCCCUUUCAACCCUGACUCCACAGCAUGUAGUGACACUGGUAAAGCAGUUUGCUUGAAUGCUGCACGGUGGGGCAUUGAUGACUCCCAGCAGUUUGGAACAGAAGACUGGAGAGACUGGAUAAGGACAAAUGACCCGGGAGGGCUAAUGGUUUUGGCAUACCUUCUAUUGUUGUAUAACUUUACAUGUGGCAGCGCCCAUCUGGCACCCUUUAUCCAGGCAAAUAUUACGAACAUUACUUGAUGUCAUGAGAAGGGAGUCUGAUUUGAAUGAGAUUUUGGCUUUUAGGCAGGUCCCAGCUGUGUAAGGGCUGAUGUGGGCAACUGGUCAGACUAUGCCACAAGAUGUCCUCUGCUGUUAAGCCUCAAGGUAAGAGCUGGAGGCUUGAUCUGGCCUUCAGAGGUAUAAAAACCUCUCAAGACCCCAGAGGCAGUAGUGGCAGUGGGCUGCAGCAGGGAGUACUUGCUUAGUUUGUUUAAUGGCCAGUGAGCAGGUACUCCCUACUGGCUGCAGUCUGGGUAUCAAAGGAUGGGGGCUCUAAAUCUUACCUUAGCAGCUCCGUACAUUAGCUCCUCUAAUUAAAAUUUCAUUAUCAGUAUUUCUGUAGCAGUGUGUUUGGGCAGCUCUCCCUCAACCUACCCAGGAUAGCUAUGGCUCUUAACUGAAAGAUUUGAAAGAAAAUGUCAAGUCCGUGUGUACAAAAACUAAUAAAAAAGAAAAUAAUUUUUUUAACCAUAUGCCAGCUUUUUACAUUUUUUUGUCCAUAUCUAUUUAUUUAUAUGCAAUUUGUAUGUUGAGGUAUCUGAUUUUUGCAAAUACAGAGUAAGAUCUAGGUAAGCCUUCCUUUUCUAAACAUUUUUUAUUAAUAUGAAAUAAUCACUUUGGUAACUUUUUUUUUUCUGUUUUCACAGUAGGUUUUAUAAAAUUACAUAUGCUUAGACAUGGUUAUUUAACUAAUUUGGGCUCAGAUAGUGAGGCAAAAGAAGUGCAAUUUUGAAAUGUCAGAGAGGAUAUGUGCAGCUUGUGGAGUCGAUAGGUGUGAACAUACAGACUUAAAAGACAUUACUUGGUUUGAAAAUCUGUGUUAUGACUUGGCAAUAGCAAUGAAUCUACUGUAAAGAAAGGGGCAGAUUUUUUUUCCUUGGGUUACAAAGUAUUUUGAAUAGCACUCAUAGACUUACAGACUAUCUCAGGUUGGCAGGGACCCAUAAGGAUCUUAGAGGCCAACAAACACCCUGCUCCUCACAGGACUGCCUGAAGCUAACCCAUAUGACUAAGAGCAUCAUCCAGAUGCUCCUUAACUUCCCUGCAGAGCUUGUUCCAGUGACCGGCCACCCUCUCAGAGAAGAACCUUUUCCUAAGGUUCCGUCUGAACUUCCCCUGACAUGGUUCCAUAGGCAUUCCCAACUGUUGCUUUUGCCCUCUUCCUGUGUUACUUAUCGAAGUAGGAAUGUUCUUCCAAACCAGUGUGAGGUUGGAAUAAGUGCAGGACUUCACAACCUGUAUCUUAGAACAGCUGCUGGUCCACAUAGGCUCAUUCUGAUCUGCAGUUAGAGGCUGUUUAGGAAUGUCCUUACAAGAUGAGCUUUUCUGUGGCAUUCUUAAGAAAUUUUCUGUAAAGGUGUUGUACUCUUUAUAGACAAGAGCAUUACAGAAUUACCAGUACUUUUCUGAGCUGUUCCUAAAUGAUUCUUAAAUUCAUAUUUGUGUUUUUAAAGAAGUAAUUGGAUUUUUCAGAAGUGCUGAGCAGCUGCAAAUCUUUUAUGGCUCCAAUGCUUACUCAGGGAAGCGAACAUUUUAUAGUAACUAGUGAUUUAGCUUCAUAUCUCUCUCUUAGUUUCGACAUCAUUCAGUUCAAUUUCCUAAGGUGGUGUUGGUAGAAGGCUAAAUAAAUGAAAAAUUCACUUAGGUUUUGUGCCAGGGAAUAAAAAUAUUCCUGCUGAUUUUUCACAACAGUGAUCUGUAAGGUUUAGAUUAAUGAAAAAUAUUCUUCACAGAAUUAAUGUUUAGGCAAUGUGGUUUUGCUGAAGAUAUUUGUAUGUGCAUGUAAAGUCUGAGGUUUAUAUAAGAGAGUAUAUAAAAAAAGGCUAGAUUCUGCUCUGGAGACAAGACAAAAUACAGAACUCUACCUGUUCCCUGGCUGCUAGCUGAUUUUUGGGAGACAGAAUGAUCCAGGAAAAUAUAUAUAAACCUGAGAUACUAUGUGUGUGGGGAUUAUGUUUGCAGUUCUUAUACAUACACCUUCUUUCACUUUCUUCAGUACAAAAAUUAGCCUCACAGUCUUAGACUUACUAUGGUGUUAUCUUCACUUUUUUUACUCUGAACAAGCUGAAACAAGGAUAAGUUCAAUAAGUCAAAAGAAUGUUGUCAUAUAGAGUAUUAGGGUAAUAGGAAAGUAAGCACAGAUGCCACAGUCAAACCUAGGAGAAAAAAAAAAAAAUCUCAUUAUUUAACUCCAGAAUAUGGUGUGUGCUUCUGAAAUACUUGGCUGCUCACCUAUAAAGCAAUGGGUACUUUUUCAGUUUUUUACCUUUGGUGAUAUGAAACGAAUGAUAAAUAUUGAAAUAUAAAAAAACUACCACAAUAGAUUUUUUUUUUAAAUCUGGAAUUAGCAUUCAAGUCUUCAUAAAGUGAUUCAAAGAUGAAAUUUCAAACCUAUUAACUCAUUAGAAAAAUGAAAUAGUGGGACCUUGACAUUUGUGUGUGAUGUCCCCAGCCUUUAUUUUAGGCAGAUGUAUUUCAUUAGCAUAUUGAGUUCUGUUUAGGUUAAAACAGAUGCCUAGUAUGCCUUGGUAUUUCUGAUUUAUAUGUCAUGAGGUCUGGUUUGCUUUAACCUCUUUGCAAAUAAGCAGGCUGUCAUAACCGUGUGAACUCUUGCCACUUGUUUUGUAUUACAUGAAGUGUAAUGGUUUAACCUGAAAUGUCAUCUCUACCUUUUGACUUUGUUCAGCGUUCUCAAGACUAAUAUACAGAUAAAACAUACAAAUAAGCAACUUGUAACUAUAGUGUUAAGUGGUGUUCUGCAUUCUUUAUGCCAGGCUUCGUUCUGUACGCCAAUACCCAGCAGCCACAUGGAGUCAAUGAGCAUUUGGUUGGGUAAGAGUGCAGAAUGGGGUUUUUGUAGCCCAGAAGAAUUUGCCAAACUUCUUUGUAUUUAUGCUCUAGUCUUUUCAGCAAAAAUAACACAGGGUGAAUAGAUAAUGAAAUUACAGUGACCUACGGGACUACUUUACAAUCAGUGCAUGCCCUAAAAUAUUGCUUUGUAACAUCUGUUUUAUACUAAAUGUUGGUGUUCAAGUGAGCCUUGUUAGCUAUUUGACAGUGACAGACAACAAUAUUUAUAAAACUGUUGCAAUAAAUGCCUUUUUAGUCUAAGAAAAUGUGUGGUAUGGCAUUUAUAAAGGGGGAAAAAAGUCUCUUUGAGGUUAAAGAAGUCUCUGCUGCUGCCUGUGUUAAUAAUUAAUUCCCAUGCCAUGGGCUUGAAUUUAUUAGCCUGACUAAUUCCAUUUAAGUCAGUGAGGCUGGUCACAGUAGCAAAUUAACAGACGUGAGAAGACCACCUUUUUUUUUCACCAUGCAAAUCACAGUGAAGCUGUAAGUAAAUGUGAUCAUCUCUAUUUUAGCCAAGUAUUAACCCCAUUGUCCCUUGCUAUUAAGUAUGUAGAAUUUAGAGGUUCCUAUGGUGACCUCUAUGCUGUGUUUUUGUAACCUAUUUGAUACAAAUAUGAUCAAGUUGCAAUAUUACAAAUUUGGGUGUUCUUUAUCUACUGUCAUCACUGCCCUGUUCUGUGGCCAGAGUGGCUCCUGAAGCAGCCAGAACAGGCUUUUGCAGAAAAGAAGGAAUGAAAUUAUAUUAAAGAUUGGCAACAGAGAGGAGGAAAUGCCAUGAUACUCGGCAAGCAAAAGCAGCUGGAGAAGUCUCUCAAACAGGGAUGUUUUGAUUUCUGAGAUCUCUCAGGUUUGAGCAGGUAUUUUAUCUCCUUACUGGUGGGCUGAGAAGAGUUGGCUCAGGGCAACAAGAAAUGUUUUGCUUUUACACUGUGUGGUCUGUUUGUUGUGUUUGUAGUAUUAUUGGAAGCCUGUAGCUGCAGGACAGGAUGGCUCUUGUGUGUGUCAGCUACUUGUGCACUAUCCAAGCCAUCACGAUCAGUAGAGGCAUUACAUAUACCAAAUACAUUUAAGUAGAUUUAAAUAAUAUUCUCUUUGUCUUGCACUAUGUGACUGCUGACGGAUCGAUGAGGAAUUUGUCACAAACCUGACGAAUCCAACACAUUCUCCUGUUACUCAGAUCUCUCUAUAUCCAGCUCUUGUUCUCUGCACACAGCUAUCGUGUGGGAUAACCCUGCAAGAUAGUGCUCUGGAUUUUGUCCAUCCACAGGUCCUAGUGGUGCUGUUUUGCAUGCCUUUUCCAGCGACUCACCAUUUGUGUUGGUGCUAUUGACUGCUCGGCCUUAGAACCACACAUUCCAUUCCUCUUGUUAACUGAACGAGAUUCAGUCUUCUGUGUGAAUCCUUCAAGUGUAGCUCUGCUAUAAUUUUGUAUACUUUAACUGAGAUGUUGAACAAAGUUGUUUCUGCAAUAAAGUCAGGCACUGCUAUAA